CUCCCUCACCAUAUCGCAUUGUUCCCAAGCUUUUCCGCUUGCUAUUUCUAUCUUACACGAACUUCCCCAGUGCCACAAGUCUCCUGUUCUACAAUCUUUACUUAAUAUCUAUCUACUGAAAGAAGCAUUCAUUUCUUUUUUGUGUGAACUCACAAAUUUCAUGAAGUCAAACCGAAGAACACAAUGCAAGCAAGGUGCGACCCUCAGGCCCAUAUGUCCGGAUCCGGAUCCCUUCCUAUCCUUUCGCUCUUUUAACUCUCACCUGUCCCCACCUGUCUUGAACACGGUUACUUAGAGAGUGAUUAUGGUCAAUUAUCGACGUUUCUGGGAUAGGGAUACUCUUUCGGUUUCGCAUUUUCUCCUCUGGACAGCAGCAGCAGCGACGUAUUUGAGUGUUGCUGCUGCUGCUGGUGGUGGCAAAGCCCGGGUCAGGACUAGUACAGAUAUCACUCUCGUCAUCUUCAACCAAUAUCAAACAAUCGAACACUGGGGUCUCCUCGUUGGGCCAAACCUCCUCGAUGCGAGAUUCGAUUGGGACAAACACACAAAAAACAUAAAACCCAUCCUCCGGACUAAACUAACACCAGAUUGGUCCCCCAGCAAGGCCUUGACUCUACCUUACGAGAGCCCACUUGGGAAAGUAGGAUGGGACGUAAUGGAUCCAGAUAACAGGUGCACAAAGGCAUUCAUGAGAUUGAAAAAGCUUCAGUUGAAGAAAGGGUACAAGGAGAUUGGUGGGAAUUGUAUGGAUUCGGUGAAGGGCGCGCUGAAGUAUUUGGGGAAAAUGGGGUGUGUUGAGGAUAAUGUGAUGCGGAAGUAUAUGAAAAUUUAUGAACAGGAUUAUGCGAGGGUGAGGAAAGCGGUGUUUGAGGAGAGGGAUGAGAGAGAGAUGAGGGACGAGGGAUGUUACAUAGAAGGGAUGUCAAGUUGUUAUGAAUGAAUGAUGGUUAAUGCAGGAAGCAAAGGGAGCGUUGGGUCGAUGCUGUGAACCGGGAAGUGUGCAAGGGUGAGCAAAGCAAAGAGACACUAUUUAAGUACUUACAGGGGGAAAUCGAUAUUUUUUUCCUUCCUGUCGAUAUCCUCAACCACUUUUGCCAAAGUUCACAGAUCGUACAUAGCUGAUUUUCUGUAAAGAGAGCGGUGCGACUUCGAUGUGGAGGCCAACGGUGGGACAGAUAUGGAUUUGUUUAUGUACGCCAGGCUCGCGGUGCACUCAACUAUGUGAAUCUGCCUCUGUGAAUUAGGAUUCUACCGCGCCCCAUAGAUAGUAAUACAUAAGCAAGACGGAAAGCAAGAAUAUCAAGA